GUUCGGAAUCACUGCCUUCAGAAUUUUUUGUUGGGAUUCCAAAUGAAAUUAUUCGACUAUAUUUGGAGAAGAAAAACAUUAAGCAACUCUAUGGUUGAUCAUUUCAAUCAUUGGUUUUAUUAUAAUUUUUUUUUUUUCUCAAUAAUUUCUUCCUGUGAAAAAUCAGAUUUCUUAUUAACUUUUUUCAAAUUUUUAGAUUGGCAAAAAGAAUGUCUUUCUGAUCAGAGGCUGUUAAAUGGUUCUAAUAUGGUGAUUUCGUUACCAACUGGCGCUGGAAAAACUCUCAUCGCUGAGGUAAUGAUGUUGCGCGAAGUGGUUUUGCGCCAAAGGAAUUGCUUAUUAAUUGUGCCUUAUGUCGCUAUAGCUCAAGAAAAGGACAUAUCAAAUUUCAAAUUUUAUUGGUGCAAUAUAGGACGCUUGCCACCAGUGAAGAGGCGUGAUCGAUGUUCAAUAUAUGUUGCAACUAUCGAAAAAGCAAACAUUUUAAUAAAUUCAUUAAUAAUAGAAGACCGGAUUUCUGAAUUGGGAGUUAUUGUAAUUGAUGAAUUGCAUAUGAUUGGCGAUGGGGCACGUGGUGCAACGAUCGAACAAAUUCUUUCAAAAUUUUUAUUUAAAGGUAAUUCUCAUUUCAUCAAAUUUCGAUAUUUAUUUAUACAUAUAAUUAUUUAUUAUAUCGAUUCUUUGAAAUUUGAAAAACGAGAUCCGGAUGGCCUCAUUUCAUUACUUCAAGAUAUAAUGCCACAUAAUUCGGUGAUAAUAUUUUGUCCAACAAAAAAAAAUUGUGAAAAUGUUGCUAAAAUGAUCGCUUCAGUCAUACCAAAAACUAUGCGUCAACAGAAAAUAAAAGAAAAGGCGGAUAUUCUAAAUGCGUUGCGUGAAGAACAAGAUGGCCAAAUUUCUUCAAUUUUAGAAAUGUUGAUACUCGCUGGUGUAGCAUUUCAUCAUAGUGGACUUACUGCUGAUGAGAGAAGAAUAAUAGAAGAUGCAUAUCACGAAGGAAUUAUUACCAUCAUAUGUUCAACUUCAACAUUAGCUGCAGGCGUUAAUUUACCUGCUCGACGAGUCAUUAUUAAAAAACCUUUCGUUGGGAUUGAACCGAUUAAAAAAGCACAAUAUCUGCAAAUGAUUGGACGUGCUGGACGACCAGGUUUUGAUAAUCUUGGUGAAUCGGUUACUAUUGUGCAUCCUGGUCAUGAAGCAGAUACAUUUUUCGAAAUGCUUGCAAGUCCUUUAUCGAGUUGUAAAAGUGCUUUAUGCGAUGAAGAAUUACUGUCCUCCUUCAUUUUAGAUCUUAUUUGUUUGAAAGGAUUGGUUCUUUCAUCUCAGUUUCAUAUAAUAUUUAUUCUCAUUCCAUUCGAUAUAUACAUAGAAAUAGAUUGGCAUAUUUUUUACGAUGAGGUUAGGAUUUUAUCUUUUAUUAUUUAUAAGGCUAUUCGUUUAUAUAUCACGUUCAUGAUGUUACGAAUAUGGAAUCAGGAAUCGUUUUCUUGUGUUGCAAGUCGAUUUAGAGUUACGCGUGGCUGGAUUCAAAGCACACUUCAGUCUAUUUGUAUGCAAGCAUCCUCCAUAGCAAGAUUUUGUGAAAAAGUCCCUGAUUUGUGGCCUCUUAAGCUUCUUCUUCCGGAUCUUGUACAGCGUUUGAGACAAUGUAGGCAACAAGAAUUGGUUCCAUUACUGGCUAUAGAAGGUGUUAAGACUGGGCGCGCCCGUCAACUUUAUGAAAAAGGAUACAAAACAGUAGGUGAUGUAGCUAAAGCCGAUCCAAACACAUUAGUUCAUCAAUUAAUGCAUCUAAAUCGAAAGCAAGCUCGAUUAAUUGUUCGCAACGCUCAAGUUUAUUUUUCAAUAUUUAAUUUUAUAUAUAAGUUUAUAUAUAAGUAUAAGUUUAAACCAUUUUUUAUAUAUAAGUUUAGUCAUCUGAUGAAAAAAAUUGCGCAUUUAAAAUCUCGAUUAAUGGAAGUUUUUCUGCUAAUAAACGAACCAUCAAUAAAUAUCGUUAAAUUAAAAAAAUUUCUUGCUUCAAGGUUGAAAUUGAAGCAGAAAAGAAAGUUAGAAAUAUGA